AUGGAUCUAUCGGUGCCGAGGAUAAAAUUUGAAGCACACGACGACUAUGAUGAAGUCUUUGAUUUUGAUGCAAUUGUGGGAGAUAGCAGAAGCCGGCGGGCGGGCGAGGCGGUGGCGGCGACAACGCGCCACAAAAGCGGCACGACGACGGCGCACAGCAAGCAGCUCGCGGCGGGCGGGGCCAACCACCCGGCCCAGCCGCAAGGAUCCGGCUGCGGUGGCGAUGGCGACUACCAGCUGGUGCAGCAUGAGGUGCUCUACUCCUCGUCCAAUAGGUACGAGGUGCUGGAGUUCCUCGGCCGCGGUACAUUUGGGCAAGUGGUGAAGUGCUGGAAGAAGGGCACUAACGAGAUAGUCGCCAUCAAGAUCCUGAAGAACCAUCCCAGCUAUGCCAGACAGGGACAGAUUGAGGUUUCAAUCCUCUCCCGGCUGUCCCAAGAAUCGGCGGACGAGUUCAACUUCGUCCGCGCCUACGAGUGCUUCCAGCACCGAUCUCACACCUGUCUGGUGUUCGAGAUGCUGGAGCAGAACCUUUACGACUUCCUCAAACAGAACAAGUUCUCACCUCUACCCUUGAAGUACAUUAGACCGAUAUUGCAGCAGGUGCUCACUGCCCUGCUCAAGCUCAAGCAACUGGGUCUAAUCCACGCGGAUCUUAAGCCAGAGAACAUAAUGCUGGUGGAACCGGCUCGUCAGCCGUAUCGCGUUAAAGUGAUUGACUUUGGCAGCGCUUCACACGUCAGCAAAGCCGUCUGCAACACGUACUUGCAGAGUCGAUACUAUAGGGCACCAGAAAUAAUUCUCGGUCUGGCGUUUUGUGAGGCGAUCGACAUGUGGUCCCUGGGUUGUGUGGUCGCUGAACUGUUCCUCGGUUGGCCACUAUACCCUGGCUCUUCGGAGUACGAUCAAAUACGGUACAUCUCACAGACGCAGGGCCUGCCCACUGAGCAUAUGCUCAAUAGUGCAUCAAAAACGGCAAAGUUCUUCUAUCGCGACGUGGACAGCACAUACCCGUUCUGGCGGCUCAAGACGCCCGAAGAACAUGAGCUUGAGACUGGUAUCAAAAGCAAGGAGGCCCGGAAGUACAUCUUCAACUGUCUGGAUGAUAUUGGACAGGUCAAUGUUCCUACGGAUCUUGAAGGUGGCCAAUUGUUAGCGGAGAAAGCUGACAGGAGGGAAUUCAUUGAUUUACUUAAGAGAAUGCUUACUAUGGAUCAGGAGCGACGAAUAACACCAGGAGAAGCGUUAAAUCACGCGUUCGUGACGCUCGCUCAUCUUGUCGACUACGCUCACUGCAACAACGUCAAGGCCUCCGUUCAAAUGAUGGAGGUUUGCCGUCGUUCGGGGAGCGGCGUGGGUGGCGUGGGCGGUGUGGGCGGCGUGGGCGUGGGCGUGGGCGGCGAGUAUGUGGGCGGCGUUGUGGCCCCAGCACCAUCCACGGCCCACCAUCUCGCGCUCACCAUCAACCAGCAGCGGCUGCGGGCUGCGCCUUAUGACAACCUUUACCAGCUAUAUGGAGCAGGACGUGUGGCCGUGGGCGGAAGGCAGUACACCAGAGCUGAGCCUUUCCCGCAUCAGUUCGUCUCCUCUAUACUCUGCCAGCCCGCCUAUCAGGUACAGCAGCUGGCUGCAGCGGCUGCUGCGGCGGCUGCCGCCCAUCACCAACACGGCGUGGCUGGUGUGGGCGGCGUGGGCGGUGUGGGCGGCGUGGGCGACGUCGAGUGGCGUGCGCCCCUCAUAGUCGAGCCCGCGCCUUUGCCCGAACCGGACGUCUGGGACCUUCAUCACCAUCACCAUCACCCACACAAGAGAUCAACAAAGCAGCAGUCGAGCGUGGCGCAUUACCAGCCCCACCAUCAGCCGCAUCACUACAGCAUGGCCAGCAGUGGUGGUAAGAAAGAGCCGACUCAACUGUCGCCGGUGAAGAAACGGGUUAAGGAAGGCACGCCGCCAUCACGGAGGCAACAACACGAUAACACUAUCCGGCCUGGGGCGUGGGAGCCGAAUACUAGCGUGGCAACUGGUGGUGGUGCGCACACCAUCACCAUCCGAGACACGCCGUCACCAGCCGUGUCCGUUAUCACCAUCUCCGACUCCGAUGACGACGAGCCAAGGCACGACGCACAGCGACCGCACGAUAACAGAGGUAGCGGCGAGUGCGCUGCCGUGGUACAAGCAUCGAGUGGGGUGAACGUGCCCACGAGUGGGACGUCCGUCCCCAAUGGGGCCGUCCCCACGGGGGGCGUCAUCUGCAGCGCAAGGGACGAGCGCCAUGUCAAGCACGAGCCACAGCACCAUCACCAGCCGUGCCACCACCACCACCAUCACCAACAGCAGCCAAUACAGCAACAGCAGCAGCAACAACAACAGCAGCAGCAGCAGCAGAACAUCAACCACAGCAACAACAGCAGCAACAACAACAACAGCGACAGGCAACAGCAGCGCAAGCGACGCCACAAAGUCAGAAAAAGAGAUUACUUGCGCUUGCGCAGCAAGAAGCGCAGGCCAAGCAUGAGCCGCAUCACGAACAACAUUAUAAUCACCAUGUAUGUUUCUACUUUGUUCCAAAUACGCCCGGAUACGGGUGGCAACGUGCGUCAAGCGAACGAAUACCAAUGCAACCAGUACGUGCCUAAUCAGCAUAAUAAGAGAGAUAGUAACGGUGGUUGUCGCGAUUACAUCCCCGCUAGUGGAGUGGUUCCAGUCAACGCUGUGAACGCUGUUAACGCAGUGAGUGCGGUUAACGCGGUGAGUGCGGUUAAUGCCGUCAACGCGGUUAACGCUGUCAGCGGCGUUAACAGCAUGGCCGGGAAUAUGAACGUCAACGCGCACAAACAUGCCUGGCACCACCAUCCGCACACGCAUUAUAAGAGCGGAAGUGGAGGAGUAUUGUCUCCACCAGGGGUCGUGUCUCCCGGGUAUUUGGCUCCGCCCCUCUAUGUGCCCACCUAUCACUACCACACUGGCGGUGUGAGUGGAGUUAGCGGCGUACCAGGGCCACCUCCGGCUCACCACGCAAGUGGUGCUCGAAUUCCGGGAUACCUGCAGCCCUAUUCGCCCACAUAUCUCGUCCAUCAACAUCCGCACCAGCACCUCUGGUAUACAGAUUGA